AUUCAAUACAUUUUGACAGCCCUUUACAUUUGACGUGACAAUUGGCGUGGCUUCGUUUUCCCGAUUUUUUGCAAAUUUUUCUGUAUUAACGCAAAUUUAAGAGGAAAACAGCAGUAAUUAUGGCUAAAAAGAAAAGCGAGGAGUCAAACAAUGACCAGGAUUUUGAAGAGGAGCCGAAUUUUGAAGAUCCAGAGGGUUUUGUAGAUGAUAUUCCCGAUGAAGAAUUGUUGGCCGACAAGUUGGCUCAACGUCCCUCUGAAGCUGAUGGUGUUGAAAAUGUCGUUGUCGUCGAUAAUAUCCCCAUUGUUGAUACAUCCAAGUUGGAGAAGUUGAAGGGUGUAAUUAGCAAAACUUUUUCCAAUUACGGUGAAAUUGUUAAUUCUAUUUACCCUGUAAAUGAGGAGGGCAAGACUAAAGGAUACGCCUUUAUGGAAUUCAAGAACUCGUCGCAGGCCGAAGAGGCUGUCAGGAAUUUGAACAAUCAUCGUUUGGAUAAGCAGCAUACAUUUAUUGUCAAUCUUUUUACCGACUUCCAGAAGUACGAUAACAUCCCCGAGAAAUGGGAACCUCCCACACCUCAACCAUUUAAGAUGCUAAAUGAUUUAUACAGUUUCUUAUUGGAUCCUGAUGCAUACGAUCAGUAUUGUGUGGCGGCUGAAACAAUGCCAAAUAAUGUGCAAGUUGGAUUUUGGCAAAAUACUCUCCCCGAACCAACCGAUUUGGAAACCCGUGAAAGUUUUACCGAUACCUUUGUCAAAUGGUCACCACUGGGUACAUACUGUGUUACCUUCCACAAGCCUGGUGUUGCCAUUUGGGGUGGUAGUAAGUUUACCCGCAUACAACGUUUCCCACAUCCUGGAACACAAUUUGUGGAAUUUUCUCCCUGCGAAAAUUACUUGGUAACCUAUGGUCCUACGCCAACAGGACAAAAGGUUGUCAUCUGGGACAUUCGUUCUGGAGCUGAGAAGCGGUCUUUUGUGGCCGAUGGUGUUUCAAUGUUCUCCAUGUUCCGUUGGUCGCACGAUGACAAAUACGUGGCUCGUUUGGGUGAUAGUUCCAUCCAUAUUUAUGAGUCUCCCUCAUUCUACCUUAUUGAUAAGAAAUCAAUAAAGGUUCCCGGCAUUCGUGGCUUUUCAUGGUCCCCCACCGACAAUGUUAUUGCCUACUGGGUGGAGGAACAAAAUCAAAUCCCUGCUCGUGUAACCCUAUUGGAAAUUCCCAAGAAGCGUGAAAUACGUAACAAGAAUCUUUUCCACGUAGCUGAUUGUAAAUUGCAUUGGCAAAAAUCAGGAGAUUAUUUGUGUGUCAAAGUGGAUCGUUAUUCCAAAUUGAAGAAGGAUAAGAAGGACUCAGAUGUGAAAUUCUUGGGCAUGUUCUACAACUUUGAAAUCUUCCAUAUGCGUGAAAAGGAGAUUCCCGUCGACUCGGUGGAAAUUCGUGAAUUAAUUUUGGCUUUUGCCUGGGAGCCAGUUGGCAAUAAAUUUGCCAUUAUACAUGGCGAGUCCAAUAACUCCAACGUCAGUUUCUACGAAGUCAAUAAUGGUGUUAAGCCCUCUCUGGUGAAGAAACUUGAAAAGAAAUCCUGCACUCAUCUUUUCUGGUCUCCUCGUGGUCAAUUCAUUGUUAUGGCCAAUCUUACCAUGGGAACUUUCGAAUUUGUGGACACAAAUAACAACUUCGUCAUCACUGCAUCACCCGAUCACUUCCGUGCCUCUGAAGUUGAAUGGGAUCCAACUGGACGUUAUGUUGUGACUGGCGUCUCCUCUUGGAAGGUGAAAGAGGACACUGGUUUCAAUAUGUACACUUUCCAAGGGCGCAUCAUUCGCCGCAGCAUCCUCAAGAGUUUCGUUCAAUUCUUAUGGCGUCCAAGGCCGCCAACACUUCUCGGCGAAGAAGAAAUCAAGGAUAUCAAGAAGAACUUGAAGAAGAACUACUACAUCUUCGAACAAAAGGAUCGUAUGCGUAUGACACGGGCUUCCAAGGAAUUGUUGGAGAAGCGCUCCCAGUUAUGUGAACAAUUCAUGGAGUACCGCAAUAAACGUAUUGCCGAAUGGAAGGAACAGAAACCACGACGCAUGCAGCUUAGAAAUCAUUUCGAUACAGAUAGUUUGGAUACUGAAGAAGUCGAUGAAGAAAUUAUUGAAUUUUUGGUCAAAGAAGAAGUCACUGUUCUCGAGUAGUUCGCUUAAAUAUAUUAAGAACAAAGCAUUUUUUUUACCAAUUUUUAAAUCGCCAAAAUAAUCUGCAAUAAUUCAUUUGUUCACACAAAAAACAAGACGUCUUGCUGCUGGUCUAGGGUAAUUUUAAAUCCAAUAAAAUCCAAGACGAUACAGCAAGUAGCGUCAACAAUUUAUAAUAUAAGGCAGGAUAACUAAAAACCCAUACAAACAACAAUAAUAAAUAUCCUGCAAAGACA